GAUUUUUAGGUAUGUAGUAGAAGAACCAUUCCUUCACUGUGCCUCCACCCUAAGAAAAUAAACCCGCGUGUUUCACCAGGAACAGUGGAAGACGACUCUCCACUCAAAUGGGACUUCUGGACCUUUUUUACAUUUAAUCCUUUCUUUCCCACGGUUGGUUCGUAGACUGUUCCCCUUUAACUCUUAAUCAUGGUAUAAACCUGUACUUCCUCUUCUCUAGGCAGCCUCUUCUGAGGCUGGAACAUUUAAAUGAGAUUUUCACUAGAAGCUCAUGAGUAACAAAAGGGAAAUACAGACAACUAGAUGACCCUUGUUGGUAAGCUACAUCUUGUGUUCGGGUCCGGAACAAGACUGCUUCCUUUUCUAGCUCGCAGCCUUCCCUAUGGUAGAGGCUUAUCUUUUUAUCAGGAAGAGAGGAAGGGCAAAGGAGAACCUUUUCCUUUUGUCAUUUACUUCCAGAAGUGAACAGAUAUAUAACAGAAAGUACUGUCACUAUGUUUACGGCUGUAGUAGAGCCCACUCCAGUGAACUAUAACGGUAUUCUUAAAAUGAGGGGAUGGUAAAAAUCAGUGAACUCUUUCAGAUAUAAAAGUAAGAUGAUUCUUAAUAUAUUUUUCUUUCUUUUUUUUUUUUAUUUGACAGAGAGAGAUCACAACUAGGCAGAGAGGCAGGCAGAGAGAGGGGGAAAGCAGGCUCCCCACUAAGCAGGGAGCCCGAUGUGGGGCUCGAUCCCAGGACCCUGGGACCUUGACCUGAGCCGAAGGCAGAGGCUUAACCCACUGAGCCACCCAGGUGCCCCCUUAAUAGAUUUUUCAAGAGUCUGCAAGAAAAAGUUUCCUAUAGGCCUGUUAUGAAGCUUUGUAUAAUUUAAUUUGCAUACUCUAUGUGAUUCUCCAUAUAUUUCUAUAAAAGGGCUUCUCAUUGGAAAUACUUUCCUUGUGCCUAUAAAAAAACCUUCUUUGUGGAUUUUUCAGUUUUUAAUUAUCUGUCCAGAAUAUACAUUGGAGGUUUUCUUGUAUGUACAUGUAGAAUAUACCCCAGUGAGAAAUUCCUAUGGAGAAAGACCCAUCAUCAGCAAUACUUCAUUUCUGUAACUGUGAACACCUUCGUUAAUGUGAAUAAUAUUCUCAGAGGUUUUCAAAAUGAGAAUCAUCCGUUAAAGCUUUCUACCUUAAAAAUAAAAAACUGAAAGGUUGUUAAUUCAGUGUGUGGAUUAUGUAAAACAUACUGAUGUUAGAAAAUAUAAAUUGAAUUUGGCAAGGCAAGGGAAGGCAAACUUGAAAAUAAUCAAAACAUUUUAGGUGUGGAAUACAGUUUGGCCUACGUAGUUAUUUCAAAACUCAUCAGUCUCUUGAAAAUCAUUGUUUAGGCUGAUACAAGAAGUACAUUUCUGGUUUUACGGAUUUUGAUUUAAUAGUUAAAUUAGUAUGCAUUAUGCAGGCUGUAAAACUGGUCUUAUUUUAUAGACUUUUUUUCAUUCAGAACACUUUUCCUUAUAUUUCAUUGUGUUGAAAAUACGGUAUUAUGCAUUUGUUUCAGUGCCUUAUUUUGAAAGCAAUCUUUGGCUAACAGUUGAAGAAUGUUGUCUUAAGAAUGAAAUAAUAAUUCAUUAAAAGGAUCUGUGAAAUAAUCUCCAGUUGCUUCUUACACAGUAGUUGUAUCUGGGUGUAUUUGUUACUUUUAUUUGGCACUGGCAAAGUCAUUCAGUUUGAGAAUCAACAUUUAUUAGGUGCCUUCUGUUUGCCAGGUACUUUAAUCGGUGUUACUUUCAUUUAAUCCUCAGAAAUGUUAAAAUGUGAUAUUUUUAAUACUCAGAGGUAGGUUUUUUAAAAAACCACUUGUGUCCUGAGUUGAAUUAGGUUGAAGACUCCUUGGUAGGGUUUACUUCUUUGUUCUAAGUACAAACCAUUUAAUUAAGAAAUUGCUCAUCAUGCUAAUCUUGAGAUAGAAGUGGCUUUUUCAAUAAACUAAUAUCUGGCUCUUUGUCAUUAGCUUUAGAUAUUUUUUUCACAGAUAAUUCAUAUUCUUUGUAGAAAAUUGUAAAAUGCUGAAAUGAUCUUUAAAUCACCUAUUUCACCUUUCAAAUAAUAUAACCACUAAUAUUUUGGUGUGCAUCCUUUCAGGUAUUUUUAAGUGAAUCAGUUUUUAUAUUAAUUAAAAGACUUCUUGGUUAUUGCAAUGCUGUUUUAUAUAUUGAAGUCUAACAUACUUGUCUUUAACUGAAAAUUACAUUCAGAACAUGCAAUCACUUUUAACUAGAAUAAUAGCUGUUAGGGACAGAUGCCUUUAAAUUACAUUUUUGUGCAGAAGCCAAAAAAAAUGCAGGGUUUCUUCUUUUACUUUUUUUUCUUUCAAAAUUAAAAUUAUGGUAGUAUAUGCAGCAAAGUACAGAUAUUGGGAAUGAAGUGCUUCCAGACCUAAAAAUGCUAUCAAAUGAUGUAUGUAAAAGUAGAUUAUCCAAAGAAACUGCAGCUUGAGUUUAUUUAAGUUUCCAAGGAAUUAAGUAUUUAACACAUGCAUUAUCUAAGUAUCCUUCCACAAUCAAGAAAACGGAAGGUACCCAUUUUGUAGGUUAAAGAAUUGAGGCAUAUUUGCAGUAUAUACAAAUACUGAAUCAUUACUUCGUAUACCUGAAACUAGUAUACUGUUACAUGUCAGUUAUACCUCUAAUUAGAAAAAAGAAUUGAGGCAUAGAAAAUGAAUGAUUUUAGACUGGGUAGUAUAUACUUUAGGAUUAUAUUUAGCUGUGACAGAAAAAUCUAAAAUAAUAGUGACUUAGAAAACAAAACUUUAUUUCCAUGCAAAAGUCCAUAGGGAAGCAGUUCAGGACUGGGAGAUCAACUUCAUAAAACUUCAGGCUCCUGCGCUGUUAAUCUGCCGAUGCCAGCAUAACCUCAGGCCACAAGAGAGCUGCUUUAGCACCAGUCGCAUCUGCGUUCCAUCUGACGGAAAGAAGCACACACACCUUUACUUUUAAAAGCAGAAAAAUGAAACAAAAAAUGGCUCUAUUAGGAUGUAAUUCACAUACCUUACCAUUCACCCAAUUAAAGUCUAUAAUUCAGUGGUUUUAGUAUAGACACAGAAUUGUGCAACCACCACCACAGUCUAACUUUAGAACAUUUUCAUCCUGUCUUCAACCCUGUACUCACUCAUUAGUCAGUCUCUACCCAAAGUCCUAGGCAACCGCAAAUCUACAUUCUCUCUGCAGAUUUACCUAUACUAGACAUUGCAUAUAAAUGGAAGCAUACAGUACAUGGUUUUUCCAUCUUCUCAUUUAAGGUUUCCCAAGUUCACCAUGUUCUUUUUUGGAAUAAUAGUCCAUUGUAUGGAUAUAUACCUGCCACACUUUAUUUAUCCAUCAGUUGAUGGACGUUUGGGUUUCACUUUGGGUUACAAGUAAUGUGGCUAUGAACAUUUGUGUUCUCGUUUUUGUGUGAACAUGUUUUUUUCUGGAGCAUAUACUUAGGAAGAAUUGCUGAGUCAUUGGGUGAUUCCAGGUUUAACUUUUUGAAGAGCCGGAUUUCCAUAGUGCCUCCACUGGUUAACAUAUCCACCAGCAAGGUGUCGUUUCUCCCCACCCUCCCUGAUGCUUGUUCCUGUCGGCUUUUUUAAUCUAGCCAUCCAGUGGUGUGGUAUCUUGCAGCUUUGUAUUUCCUUAAUGACCUAAGAAUCUUCUCAUGUGUUCAUUGUUUGUGUUUGGAGAAAUACCUAUAGAAAUCCUCCCAUUUUACAAUUAGGUUGUGUUUUAUUGUUGAAUUUUAAGAAUUCUUUAUAUAUUCCAGUACCAGUCUAUGAUUUGCAGAUAAUGCUCCCAUUCAGUGGGUUAUCUUUUCAGUUGUUGGAUGGUUUGCUGCGCAAAAUUUCUCAUUUAGAUAGUCCAACUUAGGAUGUCCUAACAACAGUUGUCUAACCCAAGGUUAUGAUUUGCUCAUUUUCUUCGAGGUGUUUUAUAGUUUUAGCCUUUACACUUAGGUCUGUGGUGCAUUUUCGGUUACUUUUUGUGUGCGAUGUGACCCCUUACCUUUGAGGGGGGACUUCUCUGGCCAACUGCCUCUACACUGCUCUGCUUUCGUUCAGCGGCCCGAGUUACGUGGCUACACCCAUCUCCUCUGCGCGAGGCUGGACAAUGUGUGUUUCAGGCAUCUUGUAUCAAAUGUAGAUUGUAAACCUUUUCGGCCAUAGUCCUAAACAAGUCAAUUCUAUUGCUUCGCUUUUCAAAUAAAUGGAUCUGGCGAUUUUUCACCCGCGAGGAUUUAGCAGGGUGAUCAGCGCGAACGGGCGCUGGUUCUCACUCCCUCCGGGACCUGCUCCUAGGACUGCAGUCCCGAGGGACUUACCGGCCUUCGCCCCUACCUACCCCAGCCCCCAGCGAGUUUGGGCUCUCGGGGGAAACGAACCGGCGCCCUUCGCGUCUUCCCGCUGGCUCCCGCGGCCCGCCCCUCGCCGCGCCGCGCCCACUCGGCCCCCGGAGCCGCCCUCCCCGCGGGAGCCGGGGCGCCCGCCGGGCGAUAACGCCGCAGGGCCGCGGCCGCGGUUGGAGCUGCCGUGCGCCAUGGCCGCGUCCCCCGGAGCGCCCCGGGCCCCUGCCGUCGAGGCGCCGCCGCCCCAGCCGGACGCGCGCACCUUGGACCGCGGCUCGGACAGCAGAGCCGGUCAGCUCUCAUUCUGUACCAAGGUGUGCUAUGGCAUUGGUGGGAUCCCCAACCAGGUGGCCUCCAGCGCCACAGCCUUUUACCUGCAACUGUUCCUGCUUGAUGUGGCACAGAUCCCUGCUGCCCAGGUGUCACUUGUCCUAUUCGGAGGGAAGGUGUCUGGGGCAGCUGCCGACCCUGUGGCUGGGUUCUUCAUCAACAGAAGCAGGAGGACAGGGUCUGGACGCCUCAUGCCCUGGGUGCUGGGCUGCACGCCCCUCAUCACCGUGGCCUACUUCCUCCUGUGGUUCCUGCCCCCCUUCACCAGCCUGCGGGGCCUCUGGUACACGGGCUGCUACUGCCUGUUCCAGGCCCUGGCCACGUUCUUCCAGGUGCCCUACGCGGCUCUCACCAUGCUCCUGACCCCGUGCCCGAGGGAGCGGGACUCGGCCACCGCGUACCGGAUGACCAUGGAGAUGGCGGGGACGCUGAUGGGAGCCGCCGUCCACGGGCUCAUCGUGUCGGGCGCCCACGGGCCACACAGGUGCGAGGACGUCGCGCUCGCAGGGCCGGCCGUCGUCUCCCCCGACGCGACUCGUCUCUACUCCAUUGCAGCCGCCGUGCUUGCUCUGACUUACCCUGUGUGCACUAGUUUGCUCUGCCUCGGGGUGAAGGAGCGACCAGACUCAUCCGGCCCAGCCUCAGGCCAAGGCCUGAACUUCCUGGCUGGGCUGGGCCUCACUGUCCGGCACCGGCCCUACCUGAAGCUGGUGAUCUCCUUCCUGUUCAUCUCAGCAGCCAUUCAGGUGGAGCAGAGCUACCUGGUCCUGUUCUGUACACACGCCUCCCGGCUACAUGAUCACGUCCAGGGUGUGGUGCUGACCAUCCUGGUCUCAGCUGUGCUGAGCACCCCACUGUGGGAGUGGGUUCUACAGCGAUUUGGGAAGAAGACAUCAGCCUUCGGGAUCUGUGUGAUGGUGCCUUUUGCAAUCCUGUUGGCUGCUGUACCCACAGCACCUGUGGCAUAUGUGGUGGCCUUUGUGUCUGGCCUGAGCAUUGCUGUGUCCUUGCUGCUACCCUGGUCCAUGCUUCCAGAUGUGGUGGAUGCCUUCCAGCAGCAGCAUCAGCAUGGCCCGGGCCUGGAGACCAUCUUCUACUCAUCCUAUGUCUUCUUCACCAAGCUUUCUGGCGCAGGCGCCCUGGGCAUCUCCACUCUCAGUCUGGAGUUUGCGGGCUACGAGGCAGGAGCCUGCACGCAGGCGGAGCGGGUGGUGGUGACCCUCAAGGUCCUCAUCGGGGCCGUGCCCACCUGCAUGAUCAUCACCGGUCUGUGCAUCCUCAUGGUGGGCCCCGCACCAAAGGUGCCGAGCCAGGACCCCUCCCGCCGGGAGAGCCUUCAGAGGAGGACCAGCUACAGCCUCGCUUGAGGUCUGACCUUGUGUGGGCUGGAACCGCAGGAGCCAGCGUCUUCGGGGCUCAAAGUCCUUCUUUCUUCCCGGUCCCUUAGCACGCCCAUUUCAAGGGUUACGUGUGACCCACUUUCCCCCUGGGAUAUGGAGUUUCAGGGACAUCUCCUGAAGGGACCGGCCUGGGCCCCAGGACCCUCACCCACCACCUCUUGCUUGUUGACCACAGACCGUAUGCGACAGGCCUGUGCCCCGGACCACCCAGCUCCAGGCGACUCCCACCCGGAAAGCAUCCCCAAAACAACCAUUCCUGAAAAAAGGAAGGCCCACCCCCUGCUCACCUGACAGGACAGACACACAGACGUCUUGUUCUUCCUGACACCCCAGUGGACACCUGAGCGGGAGGCUGACAGACACCACAUGAACGGGCAGAGUGGGACAGAGGGACUUGUUGGGGUUGACGUCAGGAAAGACGCAAAUAGAGACACUGAGACCAACAGACCCCAGAAGGAGCAAAUGGGGACAACAGCGGGGGAGGAGACCGAGCAGAGCACAAGAGGCGUUUCUCAAGGCUUUCGGGUCGUUCGGAUAAGCCGGCAACAGUUUCUGGAAUCAGACACAGACUGAGCUACCAAACAUCAAUCACCUUUAUGAACAAAAGUUAUUUUUGCGGAAAUAUUUUUCUGAAAUUGUAUCUUAUAAAAGCACAGGAACCACAGUUUUCUAAAGGCCAUAUCUUUGGGGAAGAAAGAUCCACUGAGGUUUAUUUUUAAAAUACAUAUAUCUAUUAAAGGCUUUAUCUUCUACUAGGUCUAUAAAAUAUGACUAUGGCCAUCCCUUUCAUCCCACCUCCUGGGAAACCACUGCCCAAGGAGGGAAGGGAGAGGAUGCCUGAUGUCACUGCACCUGGCUAUCCAGUCCCCUGCUCUGUCCCCUCCAUGGGGUCAGCUCUCUGGAGCUCCCCGCAAGGCUAGCCCCCCUCCCACUUCCUCAUUAGACCUUUGGCUGCCUCUUAGUUCCAGACUCUCGCCUAAGACUGUCAGAGCUCAGACUCACACUCAGACGGGAUGUACCCCUCAAAGCAUGAAACAUCUUGCUUCCUCUGCAAACACCAUAGCCCAAGAAGGAACCUGACCUCCAAGUGAGAGUGCACGGUGUGACCUGCUCUGUAUGACGCUUGAACUCUCUGCCGUUGUGCCCCUGACAUGGGUAUCUGAUCCUUGAGGUCACAGGGCAUCAGGGAAAGAGCUGGGUCAGCUUCUCUUCAUUGCCCAUCUGACUUGGGAACGGGCUGACAGGAAGCUCUGCUCCCUCCUGGCUGUGCGUGGCACACACAUGCACGUACACACACAGAACAGUUUCUCAACAGUGGAAAAUCACGGGCUGUGAGGACACAGCACCUGCUAAGACAGAAGGUGACAUAAAGUUUCUACCAUGUUACCGUGCUGUGCUUUGGAAACAUGGGCGAUGCAGGUAGGAUGAGAAGUUGUGCCAAAUUCUAUGUUACCUGUUUCCCAGGAGUGUAAUCUCAAGGAGCUGAAGUAUACUGUCCCAAUACAGCUGCAGGGGGCUACCUCUAGGGUCAGGGGUUAGAUCUUAGAGACAGCAGGGGAUGAGGGGGAGCCCCAAAU